AUAGCUGGAUAAUUAAUUUAGUCAAAUGUGUUAAUACGAGUGGUGGAAGAAAGGAUGAGAUUCUAAAUAUGUUUGUUUUUAUGUUUACACCCUUGAUUUAGUCUUUUGGCCUAAGUUUUAACAAGAACACUAUAUUGUGUCAUUGUUUAUGAAAUACGUUUUAUUUUAAGUAAUAUUUUCAAUUUGUAGUAUAGAAAUUUGGGCUGUGAUAAAACGGCGAGGCUUAUUUCAUUCUGACAUCCUAUGGGAAAUUUUAAGAUUAAUUGUGGGUGUAUUUAAAUACUUACAAUUGCCUUUGGCAUCACUGUUUGUUACACUAAUUUCUUCUUAUCCAAGUCAACGACAAUAGUCAAUGAUUGGUUGUCUUGUCUCACUUCUCACUUCUCAUUGAAUGAGUUGAUUACGUUGGAUCAGAACACUUGUUGCUUGUUCUAUGUUGAUCUCUAUUUACUUUACUUUAACUUGAGUAAAGUCGAGGUGUCUUUUAACCAGUUAACAACGCCACCUCAAAAACAUUAGCUAUCUGUGUUAAAUCUUGAUAGGAGGUUGUAAUUUUUUAUUGUUACAAGGUAUUUGUAGCAACUGAAAAGUAAAUGAAGUUUCGUCUUUUACUGAUAAAUUCUUCAUGUUUACAUUGUAUGACUACCAGCUCUUCAGCUGUUUUUCUACAACCUAUAUUCGAAUUUUAUCCUAUUAUGAUAGGAGCCUGAACAAUUGAGCAAGAAUUUGAUUGAAAUUAAACCUAUAUUUAACAUUCAAUUUGAAAAUGGUUGGCUCUUGUACAUCAAAAUCAACUGUUAUAAAAGAGAUGCAAGAAAUUCAAGAUACAUUAGCAGCAUUUUACCAUAGGAUAGAUGUAAUUGAGAGGAGUCUUAAAUCGACAUUACUUGCAAAUGAAGACAGGGAAAACAUGGAGAAAGAGCUUCAAGAUAUUACAACAAAACUAUCAAGUUUGGAAGGCAGUUUGCAGGGCUUAAGAAGAGAGAACAGUAAAACAUUUGCAUUUGCUGUGUUACUUAUGUUUUUUAGUUUUUUAAGUUAUGGAUUGUAUGUAAUGAUAUGUGGUCCACCUUGAUUGUAAUGGCUAAUAAAUUAUCAUUUAUUUUUAACAUGUGCAAAUUAUAUUUUUUAAAUAAUAAAUAUUUAGAUGAUUUUUUAA